CGAGAUCGAUAUCAAUAUUCGCGAAUGAUUUUUUCGUUUGUCUUCUGAAAUGGCAACGCGCAAAGGAAUAAAGCGUACGUAUGCUGAAAUUGCUUUAGAUUAUGUAGAAAAAGAUGGUGAUCCCGCGACCUGCCGGAUUGAUCCUGAUAGUAAUUGUGGUUACGUACAGUUGAAAUUAGACAUUGACUACAGAAGAGUCAUUUGGUAGCAGCUGCUGGUAAAAUCCGAAACGCUAUAGCGGAUGAAUUUUGUGUAUGAAUGCUCAAUAUUGCCUGCGUGAUGAAGUUGUCAUUAGAACUUUGGAUGUACUCGAGGUUACAGAAAGUCAAACUGCCUGCGUGUUAAAACAAAAAGCCUUAGAAAAAAUGGCAAUCUACGGUAUUUCACUUCAACAGAUCUUUUCAAUAACCGUCGACAACGGUGCUAAUAUGUUGGCGGCAGUAAGAAAGAUGAAAGAUGAAUUUACAAUGCUUCAUUCGAUGGAAGAUAUCGGUGAUAUAGAAUCUUCAGGAUCUACAGAAGUGUUAAUAACUGAACUGGGAGAAAUGUUCAAAGAAAGACUCAAUCUCGUAAGAUGUGCGGCUCAUACUUUACAGUUAGCCAUUCUAGAUGUGGUAGACAAAAGCAAUGAUGCUAUUAAACGAGUUACAGAUAUUGCUAUUAAAUCCAAAAAUGUGAAAUACAUGACCAACUUUGUCCAUCACAAUGCUACUUAUCCACCAGUGUGGUGCCAAACCCGAUGGGGUGGAAUUUAUUUAAUGAUGAGAAGUUUCUUUCAACAAAAGUCGUUCUUUGAGCAAUUGUCCAAACAGUUUCCUGAAUUGAAUCUUGUUCAUCACUGGCAGUUUAUUCAAGAUUAUACUGGAGCAUUUCAGCCAGUAUAUCAUUGUUCAAAAACCAUUCAGGAAUCACAUGUGUCGCUUUCGGAAUUUCAUGUGACGUGGCCGAUUACCAUAGGUAAAGUUCGGAAGCUUAACCAUAAUAGAUUUGCUGUAAGGCUAUCAGAAACUUUUCAAAAUAGAUUGGCAAAUCUAAGUCACAGGCUUUCAAAAUGGCUCUGUGUUUGGAUCCAAGGCAAAACUAUGCAAAUUCAAAAAUUUUCACCGGAGACGAAAAAGAGCUAAUUCAGGUUUUAAUACUUAACUUCAACGCCAAUUCCAUUUUCUUUCACCAGGGAUAAAUAAUGGAAACCUGGAACCGUAUUUCUCAGUUGAAUGGAAUAACUGAAAAUAAUUCAAGUAUUUCAACUGUAUCAACGGAGGUAUAUUGGACGAAGCGGAUAGUUAUAUAACUGAAUUGUUUAGAGGAUCAGUACCAUUCGAAACUGCUCCACGUCAAUCCAAUUUUAUUCUCCAGCUUAAGGCGCUAGACAUGGAACCACACCAAAAGCAUGAUUUCGAUGUGUGGAACUACUGGAUAUCAAGAAAAAAUUCUCAUCGCGAACUUUACGCUGUAGCGAAAGUUGUGUUGGCUACUCCAUCUGGUCAAGUGUCAGUUGAAAGAGCUUUUAGUACCCUCGCGCUAGUAUUAAGCGAUCAGCGUGUUUGCCUAAAAGAAGCAACUUUGGCUGCUAUUAUGAUGAUAAAAUUAAACA